AUGGCGUCAACAGGCAGUACACCUUUUCCGAAAUGGCAACUUGCAAUUCUUCUUGGCGCACCUCUUGCCAUCGGUUUAGGUUACCUUUAUCUCAGAAAGAGAUUGGAAGAUCCCGAAAAGAAAAAAGUAUCUGAAUUAAAAGCUAAAACUACCAUUUCAUUGGAUAAUGAAGAAAAUAACGCAAAAGUCUCUGAGAGCGCUAUCGACCGCGCCAUGAAACUGAAAGGUGCCGGAAACCGGGCUUUCCAUGCAGGAGAAUAUGAUAAAGCUAUAGCUUUGUACAACGAAGCCAUUGAAGCAUGCCCCCCUGACCGUCCUGUGGACCUUGCCACCUUUUAUCAGAAUCGGUCUGCAUGCUAUGAAAAACGCGAAAUGUGGGAGCAAGUCAAGGAAGACUGUACUUUUGCCCUGAAACUUAACGAGAAGUAUGUUAAAGCUUUCUUGAGACGUUCUCGUGCUGCCGAAAAGAGUGGUGAUCUUGUCCUAGCCCUUGAAGAUGUUACUUCAGCCUGCAUCCUUGAGAGGUUCCAAGUACAAAGUUCUCUGGUUAAUGCUGAUAGGAUCUUGAAAGCUUUGGGUAGGCAGCACGCUCGCGAAGCGUUGGCUAAACGUCGCCCAGUUAUGCCAUCAAAGCAUUUCAUUAAAACUUAUUUCUCUGCUUUCUCCGAGGAUCCUAUUACGAAAAUACAACUUGAUGAUAAAACUGUUGGGGGCUUUGCUAGAGCAAAGCAAGCUCUAGAUGCUCAAGAUUAUGAUUCCAUUGUAGAUGCAUGCACUGAAGAAAUCAAAGACGCUGAUGGGAAAUACAAAAAUGAAGCACUAUUGUUGCGUUCAACCUUCUAUUUACUAUUAGGAAGGCAUGAUGAGGCCCAGGCAGAUCUUGCAAAAGUAAUUGACAGUGAUGCUUCUACCAAGGUUAAGGUAAAUGCUUUGAUCAAGCGUGCUUCAUUAUUUACUCAAUUGGAAAAUACUGAACGUUGUCUAGAGGACUUUGCAAGGGCUGCCCAGCUGGAUCCUAACAACUCUGAUAUCUACCACCACCGUGGACAAGUGUACUUGCUUCUGGAGCGUAUGGAUGAAGCUACUGCUGAAUUUGCAAAGGCUGUUGAGUUGAACCCUGACUUUUCAAUUGCUUACAUACAGAAGUGCUAUGCUGAUUACAGACAUGCACAAAUCAACAAAAAUGUUGGUGCUCUGACACAAGUGCGUGCUGACUUUGAAAGGGCAUUGGAAAAAUUCCCUCGGUGUGCUGAAGCAUAUAUUCUGUUUGCUCAAGUGUUGUCAGAUCAGCAGGAGUGGGGCCGUGCUGAAGCAUUGUUUGAUGCUGCACUCUCAGUAGAUCCCAACAAUGCUACUUUGUAUGUACACAAGGGGCUGGUGCAGCUCCAGAAGAGCACAGAUUUUGAUAAGGCUGUUAAGUUGAUUAACAAAGCCAUUGAGAUGGAUGACAAAUGUGACUUUGCAUAUGAGACACUUGGUACAAUUGAAGUACAGAGAGGAAACCUGAGACGGUCCUUAGAAUCAUUUGAAAAGGCUAUAUCAUUAGCCAAAACUGAACUAGAGAUGACACAUUUGUUCUCUCUGAAAGAUGCUGCAGCAGCACAACUGAAGGUAUCUGAGCGCUGGGGACUGGACUGGACUGUCAGUUAG